GGUCCUUAUUUUUUUUAAAUAUUACCUUACCUACACACACACACAUCUGCUAUGGUAUGCAUACUCAUAUGACAAUUUGAGAGAAUCAGUUCUCUCCUACCAUGCUGGUUACAGGGGAUUGACAGGUCAUCCAUCAGGCUUGGCCACGGACUCAGCUGCUGAACCAUCCAACUGGCCUAAUUUAAAAAAGUGUGCUGUUUGCUAACAUGAGGAGUUUGGAAAGCCUUAGGCCAGGAACUGUGCUAGAGGUGCAGAAGUCAGCGCUUGACACGUGUCACCAGGAUGCUGUCUUCUACAUCAGCAUCAUCACUUCAGUGAGUUGAAGGCCUGGCUGAAGAACCAGGGUUUGGCCCGGGCAGAGGGUAGUGGGCAGUGCUGGGACAAGCUCUUGGUUCAUCCUUGUGAUUUGCGAAACAUUGGUGCUGUCCUGUGUCCCUGAGUCUUCACUGCACCCAGUUUCUUUUGUCUAUAACAGAUUCAGACAUACUUCAUUUUUGGUGCUGGGGGCAGGACCCAGAGCCUCACACAUGACAGGUACGAGCUGUGCUGAGCUGCAUCCCAGCACUCAGCCUUGCUUCACAUGGGUAAGAUCCCACACUUCAGGCUCUUAACCCAAACCUAAUUUCCUAUUAUGUUAAAUCACUUGGCUUUGUUCUCAUGGCUUCCUGCUUGCUCGAGGCACAAUUGCAAGGAAGCAGAGCUUGCUCACAGCGAGUUUGCACGUGCGAGUGCGCACGUGUUCUAAAAUAAGAGCGGAUUCACUCUCAGUACAGGAAAAGUCCCGAGUCUCUAAUUAAGGGGCUAAAUCCAACCUCACAAAUGUUUGUGUGAGAACUGAUUGCUCCGGCUUGUGCGUCACUGCAUGAGUGUGGAGAAGCAUGCAAGUUUUCAAUGGACGUGUGCAGACCCCAAAACAGCUGGCGCUGCAGCUUAAAAUACCAAGGCUCCAAAGAAAGACCCUCAUCCACAGAGCACUGACUUGAGGACUGCCAAAGAGGAUGGGUGGCUGCAGCACCAGAGGCAAGUGGCUGUCAGCCUUCGGGCUGCUGCUGCUCUGGGGGACUGCAGCCACUGCGCUUCCCCUGGAGAGUGGUGGUCCCCCUGGCCAGGACAGUGUGGUGAGGACAGUCCCCGUUCUUGCACAGGAAGCUGCAGAAGGGAAGAGGAACGGCCUCCUGACUUUCCUUGCCUGGUGGCACGGUUGGACCUCCCAAGCCAGCUCCAGCGCCCUCCUCGGAGGGGAUGCCAGUGAGGUGCCUAAGUGGCAGGAAAGCCCACCUCUCCAGCAGCCCCCACACCGGGAUAAAAAGCCUUGCAAGAAUUUCUUCUGGAAAACCUUCUCCUCUUGCAAGUAACCCCACCCUGGCCAAGCCACCCUGUGAAAUGCAACCAGUCUGAAAGGAUGUCAGGCAACAUGGAGCUUUCUCCUUAAUUGAGCUUUUCUUCCCACGCCAUGUGAAAAUUAUUAAAUUUUAGUAAUGGCCACUACCCAUAUAGGUGAAGUAAGGAACUGGAAAUCCAAAGAGAACCCUCUAAAUAAAAAUU